CUCAUGUGUUUUUCUCUUAGGAAAAGGCAGAUUUUGUCCACCCUGAAGAAUAGCUGACCCCCAUUGACUGUAACAAGAGUAUUUUGCUGCAUUCAUCGAAGAAGAGUUUGCUGGAAGAGUAACUAGAUGAGUGUAAUGGGAAGGGGAUAAUCUCAGGAAUUUUUCAAGGACUGGUACUGAAAAGCAGAGGCCAAGAGGCACAACAAAGCAGAUUUCUUUGGAAGGGAAUGGCUGCAAUACAAGAAACAGAAUCCUCUGGAUUUCUAGAUCCAGAAAUAAAAAUGGAAGUGCAUGGUUCAAUAGGUCCUGAAGCAGAAGAGGUCUUUGAAGGAGCAACUCUCCCCAAAAUGGGAAGCAGCACAGAAGAAGCAGAAGAAAUGCUGAAAGAGAAAGCAAAGGAAGAUGCCUCACGGAACUGGAAUGCUCAGUUUGAAGAUUUUCUGAGGACAUUACAGUUUCCUAGUUCGGCAGGGAAAGCCCCGCAGCGCACUACCCCUCGCGUCCUUCCCCAUCGAAUGGCCGAGACUAGCCACUCUCCCAAGGGAGUGUGGGCUACCAUUGGGGAAGCUACAGGGGAUGAUGAAUGCUAUCCGGUUGCCACGCGCCCUGGGAAAGAGGUCACAACACCACAGAAAGGUGCUCUUGGGUUGGAGACACAACGCCAGCAUUUUCGGAUGUUGAUGUACCAAGAAGCUGUAGGGCCCCGAAACUUCUGGGGGAAGCUCCGGAAACUCUGCCAGAAGUGGCUGAUGCCGGAGAGACACACCAAGGAGCAGAUCUUGGACCUGGUGACACUGGAGCAGUUCCUGGCUGCCCUGCCCCCAGAUAUGCAGAAAUGGCUGAGGGGACGCUAUCCCCAGACCAGCUCCCAGGCUGUGGCCCUGGCGGAGGAUUUCCUUCUGAUGCAUCGAGGAUCCAAAGGCAGGGAAGGGCAGAUCACUGAGAUGUCUGAAGACAUGUUUGCAAAUCCCCCCAAGGCAAAAGAGGCUCAGCCGAGGAUGAAGCGUCGAACAGAGACUGAGCACAAACAUGCUGGGACUGAAAAUGCUGUUGCAGGUGAUGUACAGUUGACUGAAAGUGAGGAGCCCCAGCUUGAGAGUAACAAGGAAAUGGAGCAGCUGAUGACACCUGUGAAGAUAGAGGAUCCCUUUGUUCCAGCCCAAAGUGUUUGCAAAAGCAACCGUGCGCCUACUAGCUGGGAAGAGGAGAAUGCAGAGAAAUAUGACCAAAAUGGGAAAUACUUUAGCCAGGACUCUGACCUGCUCAUUCAAGAAGAUCCUGAUGUAGAGAAGAGAUACACGUGUUGGAACUGUGGACAGAGCUUCAGUAGCAGCCCAGACCUUCUGACCCAUGAGAGAACCCAUGUGGGGGAGAAAGUGUAUACAUGUGCUCACUGUGGAGAAAGUCAGAGGUUCCACAAAGGUCAGAAGUCAAAUAUGUGUCUGCACUGUCGAAAAACCCUUCAAGAAACACUCGAGACAUCUUCAAAACGUGGGAAAAGACGCAGUCAGAAACCAGAGAUUCUGAAACCGCAAAUAACAUGCAGAGGUCGGAAGCCUUCCACAUGUCUUGUGUGUGAGAGGAGCUUUAGAAAUGGUAGAGCUCUGAGAACACAUCAGAGAAUCCAUACAGCAGGUAGUGCAAGACCGAUUGAAAGCAAGGGGAAGAAAACCCAACUUGAUGAUAAAGAGUCAGUGGAGCAACUGAUGGCAUCCACAGAAACUUGCAAAGAGGACAGUUUCCUGUGUCAGAGUGAACCUGAUCAGAACCAAGGGAAGGCAGACGACAGCAAUGGAAAUGGCAAAGAGAAUGUUGCAAAUGGGGAACACUUCAGUCAGGACGGUGACUGCGUCAUGCAUGAAGGCCCUGAUGUAGAGGAGAAGCCAUACAAAUGUUGGCACUGCGGACAGAGCUUCAGUAGCAUCUCAGAUCGUCUAAUCCAUGAGAGAACCCAUGUGGGUGAAAAAGUGUACAAAUGUUCCCAGUGUGGAGAAAGUGUGGGUACUCACAAGGGUCGGAAGCCCCGUAGGUGUUCCCAUUGUGGAAAUACCUUUGGGUACAACCCAACAGACAAAAUCCAAACGGAAGAGAAGCCUUGCACAUCUUUAGGACGUAAGAAAAACUGCAAACAGACAUCCGACCUCCUCAAACAUAAAAGAACAUGCACAACAAGUGAAAAGUCAUGCCAGUGUUCAAAGUGUGGGAAGACCUUUAGUAAUGUCUCUUAUCUCAAAGUACACCAGAGAGUUCACACAGGGGAGAAACCCUAUAAAUGUUUACACUGUGGGAGGUGUUUCAGCUGGAGUUCACAUUUAAAAUAUCAUGAGAGAAUGCACACAAGAAUGUGCUUCUACUGUGGGAGAAUCUUCCGGCAGAAAUCAUUACGUGUUGAGCAUGAGAAGACCCAUGCGGAAGACAACGCAUUUGUAUGUUUUGCUUGUGGGAAAGUCUUUGAAGUCAGUUCAGAGCUGUCUGCGCAUGCACAAACCCAUAAAGGGAAAUCAUUUGAGCAGUCGCUCUUGUUGAAGCCAUAUGGGAACAGCUUGCAACACACGGCACAUCAGGAAGUCCUCAUCAGGGAGGAUUCUCAUGAAUGCUCAGAGUGUGGGAAGACCUUUAGGAAUGCCUCCUAUGUCAAAGUGCAUCAGAGGAUCCACACAGGAGAGAAGCCAUUUGAAUGUCUUCGCUGUGGAAAGGGUUUCAUCCGGAGUUCACAUUUAAAAUAUCACGAGAAAAUGCACACAGUGUGUUUCUACUGUGGGAAAAAUUUCUGUCAGAAAUCGGAAUAUGUCGAACAUGAGAAGACCCAUGCGGAAGACAACACAUUUGUAUGUUUUGCUUGUGGGAAGGUCUUCGACACCAGUUCGGAGUUAGCCACGCAUGUGCAAACCCACAAAGAAAAAACCUGCGAGGACAGUUUGCAAGACAUUGCGCCUCAGGAAGUCAACACAGGAGAGAAGUCUUAUAAAUGUUCAGAGUGUGGGAAGACCUUUAGAUCUGGCUCGUAUCUCAAAAUGCACCAGAGAAUCCACACAGGAGAGAAGCCAUAUAAAUGUCUUCAAUGUGGGAGGUGUUUCUGCUGGAGUUCGCACCUGAGUUACCAUGAGAAGACCCACCAAAAGACCCGCACAGGAAAGAAACCAUAUAAAUGCUCCCACUGUGGCAAAACCUUCAGCUGGCAUUCCCAACUUUUACUGCAUGAGAAAAAGCACAAGGGAGAGAAGGCCUUGAAAUGUUCGGACUGUGGGAGAAACUUCGAUCGGCGAUCCAGCCUUAUUUUACAUGUGAAAAGUCACACAAAACAAGCAGCAUAUACAUGCGCAGACUGUGGAGACAGUUUCACCUCAAACGCCAUUCUUCAACAACACGAGAAAACUCAUGCAUUGGCUCCCGAGGUUCCAAAUAGUUCUUGAGAUACUGAACAGAACAGACAUACAUACAAGACAAGAAGACAGAAUUUUGACCAUAAAGAUUAAGGAAGGUAUAAGUUAAGGGCAGUUGCCGAAGACUUAGUGGCAUCAAAGGCUUUCAUGGCCGGAAUCACUGGGUUGCUGUGAGUUUUCUGGACUGUAUGGCCGUGGUCCAGAAGCAGUCUCUCCUGACGUUUCACCCACAUCUAAGGCAUCCUCAGAGGUUGUGAGGUCUGUUGGAAACUAGGCAAGUGAGGUUUAUCUAUCUGUGGAAUGUCCAGGGUGGGAGAAGAACUCUUGUCCACAGGUAUAUACUAGUUUCCAACAGACCUCACAAUAUCUGAGGAUGCCUGCCAUAGAUGUGGGUGAAACAUCAGGAGAGACUGCUUCUGGACCACGGCCAUACAGUCCAGAAAACUCACAGCAACCCAGACUUUAUGAUAGUUUUGAGAAGCCCUUUGGACACUACAGACAUGCUGAUGGGAAAAUUAAAAGAACUGGUGACCUUUCAGGUUUCAGUAUUAACACUGAAAAGACAAUGGUGUUGACUUAGUCAUGUGUAUUCRUGGUAAACCUUGAUCCGUUUCAUGUCCCGACUUUUGGUGGRGCCCCCGAUCUGUUUUGACAGCCUCCCGAAAUCAGGGGGUCAGAUUUUUUUUCUGUAUUUGGUGCCGAAAUACCAGUUUUCUUUCGGCCCAUUGGGGGGGGGGGGGCGCAAAGCACCCAGGCCUAUGGGUGCAGGCUUUGGGCCUAUUCGCCUGGGUCUGGAAGGGCCUGCAGCCGAGCACCAAGUGCUCCUUACUCAGCGCUCAGCUGCAGGCUCUGCCAGGCCCCCAACACUUCGGGCCUACGCGCAUGGCAAUCGAUCUGAAAAGCAGCCUUGGAGCUGGUACCGAUUCCCUUCUGCCUUUCAUAUCGAAUUUAUUUUUGUUCCAGGAGGGGCUCCCGUUUCAUGCCAUCCGAAUGGACGGAUCAAAAUUGAAACACAAAUCAAACAGAUGAGACAAAUUUUGGGCCCACGACUAUUGACAAUAUGAAAAUGGAAGAACAGAUAGAAAUGAAGGAUCAAACUGGUUUUAGAACUGGGAAGAUAAAACACUAGUAUUGUUAUGACACAUAAGCUGUUUCAAGAAAGCAAUGACUGGACCCACACUGCCAAAUAAUUCCACUUGAAUUGCAUUAUGUCGUCAGUGCAGACCCAUAUAAUGCAGUUCAAACAGCAUUAUUUGGCAUGAAAAUAAAAAAAAACAUGAAAUAAAAUAAAAACAUGAAAUAAAAUAAAAACAUGAAACAAAAUAAAUGAAGAAGAUGCAAAGGUGGGAGAAAUUGUUGGGGAGAGAUUUUGUUGUAAAUAUUAAUGUUUUGGGCAAGGAUGAUGUUAUUAUCCACACAAUACUGCUCUUGACAACCAACAUACCAGUUGAGAAAUAGUUGGAGGAUGAUUUAUCUAUCUCAAGAGCCGGAUAUAAGGUAUUGUGAGAUGAAAGGAAGCAAGUGGAUUGGAUUUACAUGUUCUGAAGUUGUAUUUUGCUGCCUAUUUGGCCUGUUAAUGCAGUCAGUCCUCCACAUUUGAAGGCUUGACUUUGGAUGAUUUGAUUGUUCACGACUUUGUUUGAAAUGUCACACUGGAGGACCUCAAAAUCCCACCGACUUCUGGUGGAAUUGUGUCGAGUAACCUAGAGAUUUAUGUGGAGGUGUUUUUUUUUUCAGGUAACAAAAAAUAACAAUUUCCCUUAUUCAUGA